AUGAAUAAUUAUUGUUUUUAUCAUGAUGGCUUAUUAGAAGAUAGAGAAAAGUACUUCAAACAAGAUAUAAUUAACUUUAUUGGAAAUGUCUUAGAAUAUAUGAGAUAAAAUAAUAUUGAAAUCCUGACUUUUUAAUAUUUUAAUAAAUGCUGGAUUGAAAAUGACAUGCAUUUUAUACAUUAAUGUUUAUUAGAAUGGGAAUCCUAAGAUGACUAUUACAAUCUAUUAUAUGGAAUUAUACUAAAUAAAUUGAUUAAUUCUCCUUUAUACUUUGAAAAGUUGUCAUUAUUUUACUUACUCUAUACUAUUUAUGUUACUCUAGAUUAAAAAAUUUUAAUUUCAUUAGAUUUAGAAACAAUGAAUUAAUUAUACUUUUUCUUUUAAGAAUGCAAAGAAAAAAAAAAUCAUGAUGUUUUUCUACUUUUUUUGGAAUUAAAUAACUAAAAUGCCUUUUUAUUAAGUUCUCGUGUUGGAUGUAAAAGAUUAUCUAUUCAUCCUUGUGGAUUACCUUAUAUUAUCACAAAAAGAAAGUAAUAAAUUUUAUAAUUUAGUAAAGCUUAGCUAAAGUAAAUUACUGAAGAGAGAGAAGAUGAAUAAGAGAGAGCAGAAAGAACAGAUAUAACUAAAUAAUUAUUGAAUGCAAGUGAGAGAUAUCAUAAAGCAAAAUAAAAAUAAAAUAUUAAAUUGAAUAGCACUGAUCCUCAUUUUGCUUAAAGAUGCAUUCACACUUUUAGUAAUAUUAGUUUAAAACAAUGAA